AGUCGCCGCGCCAUCAACGACCCGUCUCUGCGGUAACUGACGCUGCCCCGCGAGCACCCUCGGUCGACCGCGACGGGUUACCGGCGAGCGCCCGUUCCGGAGGGAGAGGACCCGUUGUACCGCCAAGUCGAGCCAGCCAGUCGCGUGCACGGUACACCCAGGAGUUCGUCGACUCUCUCCGCGCACGGAUUCAGGCACAAGACCUGCAGAUUCUGCAGAUGAACGGCAAUAACCAGUCCGGAACGGCCCAGACGGAGGAACGUGCGCCGAACGACGAGGCACCCACUAAACGAGCAAAGCAUUCCGAGCAAAGAGACGCCGCUGCGCGAACCGGGCGCAGAGAGGAGACCCAUUCCAACCCCCACCCGAGUCUUGUUUAUCCUCCCAUGCAGUUUUCGACUUUCGUGCACGAGGCGAUGCAGCAGGAAUUCCCAGGGCGCUACGCCGAGCAUCUUCCCAUGAGCGAAGGCAUGCAUUGGUGGGUCGGAACGCUGAUCGAUGCGGACCGUGCUCUGCCGAAAGUGAAGUUUGGACUCGAGGAUAAGGUAGACAAGGCACAGCAGUUUCUCCUGCACGAAGUACCGGAUGCGGAGAUGUCGUAUUGGCCUGACGAAGGCCUCGUUGUUCGCUCCAUGGCACACGCCAUGGAGUUCACGAGCAAGGAAGAUCUGUCGCGGGUCCAUCUUGUGUUCGAGCGGGACCGAGCGCGCAGCAAGUGCUUCAACACUCACAUGCAGAAGCUGCGGUCCGACAUUUGGGCCGACGCGCGAGCGCAGUUUCGAGUGCGCAACGGACUGCCAUAUACAAAGCCAGUGACCUCGCGCGUGGUUCCACCGGCGACGCCCGACCCAACGGUGGUUGAGCCCAUCACAGACGAGCAAUUCCCACGGAAGUAUGCCUCGAGUGCCACUACCCACGACCUGAUGCCGUGGCAUUGCCACGAAGACACGCCGGAGAUUCCUUUCUCGAAGGAAUACUUUGAUCUCGGCAUCUACGCGACCUUCAAGAAUGGAGCGGCACCCCCACUGGUCUUGAAGCUAUACCAAGUAGCCUUUUGGCUCUUCGGG